AUGAAUCUAACCAAACUUAGUGUCAAGAAAGAUUAAACUUUACGAUUGAAAAACCAUCGCUUCAAAAUCGACUUGGAUUUCGACAUGUUCUGGUAUCGUCCUUGAACGCAAGUCCAAAACGAAAACCCAUGUAAAUAUUGAAAGAGUUUAUUAGAAACUUGUGCUCCUCUGCCACUUAAUGAUUCAAACAAGUCUAGUUUAAUUAAAGUUUAAGCCAAUCACAUUGAAUAAUGAUCGAUUAUAAACUAAGUGGAUUUGUUCGUAUGCUUUAAAAGUGUGUCUUUAUUGAUCGUCUUGCACGGUGUAAGUACCGUGUCCUUCUCAUGGUGUUGAAGGUCUACUGUUGGUAAAUUAGUGCACUGAUAAGAUAGCUUUGCAUCUUACACCUACAAUCAAAACAGUUUGGAAGCGCUUUUUGUAAACUCACGAACCAUGGAUGCUGUGGGACACAAAGCGGACAAUAAGAACCCAAUGGCACCAACACAUGUCUUGGGAAGUUUUUCCAUUGACAGUAUUCUGAAUGAGAGCAACCCUAAAGUAGUUGAUGGGUAUGACCUAAGACUGUCCAUGGAUCCAAGAGCGGCUCUUUCAAUGGUGGACCAGAGAGAAGAAGAAAUCUCACCCAUACAGAAUGAGCAAACUGAACCAAGAAAGAACCACGAAGACGAUAAAGCUCAAAAGGAGAACGAGAAGGACCUAGAUCAUGAGCCAAUCAGCGUCCGAGAUGAUUCCAAAAAACGCCCCAGAACAGCCUUCACCAACGAACAAAUCAAAGAAUUGGAAUCGGACUUUCAAAAAAGUAAAUAUCUAAGUGUCUGCAGAAGAAUGGAGCUUUCAAAGUCAUUAAGCCUUACAGAGACUCAAAUUAAGAUCUGGUUCCAAAAUCGUCGAACCAAAUGGAAGAGGAAACUGGCUGCAGAAAUGGAGUAUGCCUUGAAUGCACAGGGGUACAUAUUCCCGUCACACCCAAUCUGCCAUGAUGUGCCAUUUCGAAGGGGACAUUACUCUCAUGGCUGGAAUACCUUGUCACGGUUUCCUCACAAUUAUCUUAGUCGUGUUGGUCCUACUCCUUCGUAUCAACCGUGUUUUCACCAUCGUGUUAGACAAUUCCAUGCUGCAGAUUAUGCUCCUUCACAAUUUAUGGCACAGCCACCUAGAUUUUGAGCCUAGACGUUUAUGGCAAAUCUUGGGUAGUGAGACGCACGAUGAAAAGAAGCGGCCAUGUUGAGUGCCACCUAUUGUGAUCUUUGUUUGGCUUGGGCCAAAAAGAAAAGAAAAAAAGCAUGUAACAUUAAAGUAUUCCGUUCUGCAUGGCAAUGUAAUUUACUUUUUAAACUAAAGUAAGACCAAUAUUUGAUUGGGAUACAGGAUCAACAUGACGGAAGGCAACGGACAACACUAGAAAGGAACACAUAAAGGGAAUAUAUUACAUUGUAAUUAUGAGGUGGGGAAAUAGUUGUAUAUAUACAUAGAGAAAGAUUU